GAAGAGGAGGGGAUAGAGGCUGUCACAGUGGAAGAAGAGGAGGGGAUAGAGGCUGUCACAGUGGAAGAAGAGGAGGGGAUAGAGGCUGUCACAGUGGAAGAAGAGGAGGUAGAAGCUUUCAGAAUUAAAAAUGAGGAAGAGGAGGCCAUAACAUUUAAAGAAGAAAAGGAGGAUAUUAUAGUGAAAGAACCUUUUGGAGAGGAAGAGGAGGCUAUCUUACAUAAAGAGGAGGAGGAAGACGUAUUGGGAGAUGAAGAGGAGGUGGAAGGAGAGGAAGAUGAGACUGAAGAUCUGAUUAACACCAGAGAGAAACCAGACUCUCACUCUGACAGUGGGAAGAGUCCUUCAGAGAAUCCAGACCCAGAGAUUCCCAAACCAGCGACACGACACAACUGCUCCCAGUGUGGAAAGAGUUUUAAGUGGUUAUCUAAGCUCAAAGAGCAUGCGAGAACACACACAGGAAAAAAGCUCUUCCAAUGUUCCCAUUGUGAAAAGAGAUUUAACCAGUCAUCACUUCUGAAAGAGCAUGAGAGAACACACACAGGAGAAAAGCCUUUCCAAUGCUCACAGUGUGGAAAGGGUUUUACAUGGUUAAGGCACCUGAAAGAGCAUGAGAGGAUACACACAGGAGAGAAGCCUUUCCAUUGCUCCCAGUGUGGAAAGCGUUAUACUCGAUUAGCACACCUAAAAAUACAUGAGAGAAUUCACUCUGGAGUGAAGGCUUACCUCUGUUCCCAGUGUGGAAAGAAUUUUAGGUGGUUAGAGAACCUGAAGCAGCAUGAAAGGACACAUACAGGGGAGAAGCCUUACCAUUGCGCUCAGUGUGGAAAGGAUUUUACCACAUUAGGGAAUGUGAAAGAGCAUGAGAAGAAACACACAGGAGAAAAAUCUUUACAAUGUUCCCAGUGUGGAAAGAGAUUUACACAUUUAGGAAAUCUGAAAAGGCAUGAAGGAAUACACGCAGGAGAAAAACUCUACCACUGCUCUCAUUGUGGAAAGCGUUUUACCCAGUUAGGGUAUUUGAAAAAACAUGAGAAAAUACACUCUGAAGAAAAGCCUUACCCCUGUUCCCACUGUGGAAAGAGUUUUCGGUGGUUAGGGGACCUGAAAGAGCAUGAGAGGACGCACACAGGGGAGAAACCUUACCAUUGCUCCUUGUGCGGUAAGGAUUUUACCAAGUUAGGGAACCUAAAAGAGCAUAAGAAGAAACACACAGGAGAAAAACCUUACCAAUGCUCCAUGUGUGAAAAGACUUUUACCCAGUUAGGGGGCCUGAAAUAUCACGAGGGGACACACACAGGAAAAAAGACCUACCACUGCUCUCAGUGUCAAAAGACAUUUACUCGAUUAGGGAACCUGAAAAAGCAUGAGAGAAUACACACACUCAGGUGAUAAGACCGUCCACUGCUCCCAGAACCUGAAAGAGCAUAAGAAGAAACACACAGGAGAAAAGCCUUACCAAUGCUCCUUAACCUCUUAUGACUUUAAACUUUCAUGAGUGUGGCCGUGUCAUCUGACCAUGCCACCGAUUCUCAUCCAAGUGCCAAAGAACUGUACCCAGUACCACAACAUUUUAUUUUAGCCAAAAACCUGGCAUUGCCAGGAAGCUGACACUUGAGGCCACUUCUUGGAAACCUUCAAUGCUGCAGACAUUUUUUGGUACCCUUCGUCAGAUCUGUGCCUUCGACACAAUCCUGUCUCGGAGCUCUUCGGACAAUUCCACCUCAUGGCUUGGUUUUUGCUCUUACGUGCACUGUAAACCUUUUUAUAGGUUGUCCUUCUGGAAGGUUCUAUAUAAACAGGUGUGUCUCUUUCCAUAUCGUGUCCAUUCAGUUGAAUUUACCACAGGUGGAGUCCAAUCAAGUUGUAGAAACAUCUCAACGAUGAUCAAUGGAAACAGGAUACACCGGCGCUCAGUUUGGAGUC